AUGGCAGCUAAAGCUCUGUUUUUUUUGCUCAUUGCCGUAACCGUGGCCAUACUUCCGAGUGAUGCUCUGUAUCUCAAACGAACAUUCUAUUCCGACAGUAAGUAACAUGUGUUCUUUAGUAUUGGAAAAUAGAAACACAUUUAGCGCUUUCAUCUCAUUAAAAAAUUGGCAUUUACACUGUCUUCUUCAAAAGCGAAAAAUAAGUGACAGAUAGUAUUGUUUGAGUAUAGUAAAGACUCGGGAGCGGCGAUAGCUCGUGAACAGGAGCCUACCCGGGAGUAAGAACCUGGUUUUUAAGAAUCUCUUAGUCUAAAAUUUGCGAGUUAUAUCUCCAGGGGCACCCAACGACAAUUUUCGGAAAAUUAUCUGUUCGGAAGACGAUUUGAGGUCUAGAAUUUUCGGAUCAAUGAUUUUCUGACAAAUUUCUUGCUUGCCUGCCUCUCCUAGGAUUUUCGAACUUCAAAAAAAUCGUAUAAUUGCCCAUUUUUAACAGAUUUUUACCCUAAAAAGGUCACCUAGAAUUUUCGGGAGCCUUUUUUCUGGCUAAAAUUUUCGAAAAGGUAAGUUUUGAUCCCCAUAAUUUUCUGAUCACUAUACUUUCAGCUAGGAAAUCCGAACAGAUGAAAAAUUUUUAGGGGAUAAAAAUAAGCCGUUAUCUACCGUUUAAAUACUAAAGUACGUUCAACAAUGCUAUGUUUAUGUGGUUUUGAACUAUACUCUCGUUGGGUGCCCCUGUAUUUCCUCUAUACAAGAACCUGUUUAGCUUAAAAUUUGAAAGAGGUUCUUAAUUUUUAAAAUCCAUGAAUUAACAAAAAUUCUGUACACUUGGGCAAAUAAGACAAGUCAACAUUCAGUCGUCUAUGCAGACAUAGGUGCCUUAUCACUCCAACCUCAAUGUAAUGGUAUGCAUAGUAAGGUGGUAAAAAGAUCGUGAACAUUGCGAGUAAACCAAAAUUUGUGGGUUUUAUGGCAGACCUGUUAUAAUAUCAUUAACUAAUCGAAAUGAAACAGUGGGCAUCGAAUAGUGGUUGAAUUCCAUGACGUAAAAUAUUGGUUUUGAAAUUGCUUCUUUCUUCCACAAUUAAUAGUUGCCAGUAUACGUAGUCUAAACUGUAUUUGUUGCUAACCACGAUCGUUUUCUUUUUUGGACAUUAUCAAGUCCAAUUAUCUUUUUUCCCGAAAGAUGGUUAUUAUUGUAAUUUACUGCAAACAGAAGACUGCGUUUUCAUGUGUUGAGUUGUGACUUGAGAGCAAAGGAAUUUUUCAAAGCUGCAGAUAAAAAUAAAUUCCUUAAUAUCAAUGGCUCUUUUAUAUUCUAAAUACGGUACUUGUUAUUUCAUUAAGCUUAUCUUGACGUUUAUCAUAAACUUCCGAUUAUUCGUUAAGCAUUAUCAACAUAUCCAUUCACGGAGACAGCUCACGGGAAACAUCUACGAGAAAGUUAUGUCAAUCGUUUCUCUAGCCUCAUAAUGGUCACUGAAAAAAAAGAGAUCGGGAUUGAAAAUAUAAAAAAACAAACCGAGUAUCACGCUAUAUUAAAUGCUAGAAAUUCUCUUCAUGUGGUCCUGUUUAUGAAGAAGUAUUUAAUCCGGUGAAUAUCUUUUGCAAUGGAAGACUUUCCAUACGUCGAUCGUUCCAUCCAUAGGGUUGUUCAGUGUUACACUUUCACACUAAAGACUUAACUACCGAAAAAAGGGCUUUACUAUGGUAAAUUACGGUAAAUCUUCUUUACUGUAGUAAUUCCGAUAGGUCCUCUUAGAAACGUGUUUGAAACUUUCCAUGCGUUUUUUUGGCUGGGACAAACAAAACAAAGUUUUAGAUAAACUAAAGAUAUACCCACCUAUUUUUUUGGUAGACCCGAUGGUUAUCGGUGAUGGGUCAUCUUUGUUCUUUCCGCCGUAGCCAUGGAAAUUAACCAGAGUGAACUUUACCAUUGUAAACUGGAAAAUGUUUACUAUGAUAUUACCAUUGUAAACUCUCUCUAGUGAAACCUCAACCAAUAUGUUAAAACUAAUGGCACAUCGUCUUAAACAAAGGUCAUGAAUGCCAUUGCGUGGUGAAUUCAUCAAAUUUUGCAGAUAACAUCGAAUGUUGGAUGUCGGGCAAAACAUCUGACACUGCCACCCCUACCACCUCUCCCAAAGAAAAAGAGAAAAAGAAAACACCUAAACCUAAAAAAAGAGGGAAAAAAAAGAAAAAUAUAGUCCUGACGUUUUUUUGAGCAACCAGCUUUAAGGUCUCGGUAAAGGAAAACGAGGAGCCCACAGAAAAAAAUUCUAGUCGCGCGAGUAUUUUCGCUAAAAAGGCAAGUUAUAUAUCAAGUUAAAGCUAAAAGACUAAAUUACCUUAUAAAAGAUUUUAUUUCAUCGAAUUUCAAAAAGGCGCUUAAGUUUUUUGCUCUCGAACUCAGAGGUAUCGAGGUUACUGCUGAAUCUCCAGCCCUUUCGCGUUGUUAAAUAUUCACUUCCUUUUUAAUGCGUCUGAUUGACAUAUAAAAGACCUAAAAAAGGGUGUGAGGAAAUCUGCAUAUGUCUCGUAUCAGCGGAAUUAUUGCAUUUCAAACUAAAAAGUCGAAUCUCGAGUGCGAUUUACGCAAAGAAACUGACAUAAAAUGAGUUACGAAGGGAAAUCGGAAAAUUCCUCACACCCUUUUUGAGUCUAUAUCAUUAUCCAUCAUAUCUGAAAGUUUCAAAGCGAUAGCUUAAAACCUGUCCCGACUGGAGGUCGGAGAAUUUUGAUUUUUGCGUCUAAAAUAGAGUGAGAGAAAAUCAGCUCUAAAGAUUUAGCGCGGGGUCCACGCUUGGCUGGUUAGCUCAGAAAAGGCUCAUUUUAGAAGGGUUAAAAAGCACUUUCUGGUUUUCUUUUUCUGUCAAAAUAAAAUUUAGGACCCACUCAUGCCAAAAAUCCAAAAAAAACAAAAUCGAGCAAUGUACUAAAAUUUUCAUUUACCGAGACCUUAAGAAAAAUACUAGGGUUCAAAUAAUGGAGAUGUUUUAGUUCGUCUUUAAAGUGAUUAUGAAGAGAUCAACUAUACGGUUUUAGUUAUCAACUCAAUUUAUCCAUUUGGUAAGCCCAUUAAAAGAUUUCAUGGUUUUUAUCCUACGUGCUUGAUUUGAAACUCCUCUAAAACGUAAUUUAAACAGCCUACCAAAUUCAGAAGCUUCCAAGGCGUAAUUUAAAAUUUCUGAACGCAAUUUCUUUUUCUCUAAGCCCUUCGCCUCCAUCUUCCUACAAAAGAAAACAUUGAAGGGUCGCACAUCCUUAACGGAAAUGGUAGAUUAAAAGCAGCCAAACAAAAAAGGCUAACGACACUAAUAUCUUUUUAGCGUCUUUAAAUUGGUGGAUAGCGUUAGCCUGAACAACUAGUCUGCAGCGCCUGUGCGAAGCACAGGAGAACGCUAGUUUCGUUCGUGCUGUCUGGUAACUUAUUUUUAUUUGUGAACCCAAAGAUCUCUUAAGACACAGUAAUAGUAGGGUCUAAGGUCUAUUGUUCAGCCUAGAUAAGGUUGAAUUUAUUGUUUUGUUGGAGCGUUUUGUCCCUGAUAAGCUCAAUAGUUAAACUGUACGCUUCCUUCAACAGAACCUUUGCCAGGGGAACGUCUUGAGCAGUUUCUGCUUCGCACUCGAGGUAAAGUUCCCCAUGCAAUUUGUUGUCAAACAAGAGGUCGCCCCAUGUGAGGAAUCCGGAAUCUUGGGCUUUGGAAUCCGGAAUACAGCGGAAUCCUACUAACGAUUGAGAUCCGGGAAUCCAAGUAUGACUGAAAAAGUCCGGAAUCCAGUACCCUGAAUCCGGAAUCCACGGCGUGGAAUCCAGAAUCCAAGACUGUCUUGGAUUCCGUUAUAUGGAGCAAAAGAGGUCAUACCGUGGACCGUAAAUAACUAAUCAGGCACAAAAGGGACAUUUUCAGCAUUUGCGAAUUUUAAUUUCUCAAGUAGUUAAAUGUAGGCCGGGACCAAAGUCUUCGUAUAAAAAAGAAGCUCUUUGGCGAUAGCAAAGGCAAAACAGAUCAAAUUGAAAUGGAAUUUGGCACUUAUUUAUCACGUGACCGAGACCAUUUUUUUGGUACACGCGCACCCUUGAUUUAAAAUAUAUCAGUAAGCCUUUACGUUUGGAAUAUUAUAAUUGCUCUAUCCAAAAAGUCUCCAAAGCAGCUAGUUUUUACCUCGUCACUUAGUCCUUUUUGCUACUUUUUUACAGAGAGCCUGCCUCGCUUACCUUAUGCAGAAGAUGAGAAAUGUAAGUAAAACACUUGUCUCAAGUACGUUUGAUUCUUUUAUAUUGUUUUGCCCUAAAGGAUCAAAUUUCGGUCCUGUCUACACUAAUGCGUUUCGAAAGUAUGCGUUUUCGUUGUCAACGAAAACGCAUCGAUCGAUUCGCGUGCACACUAGUCGGUUCUGAUGCGUUUUCGACUGUCCACACAAAAACGUUCGAAAACGACAAUCCCGUCCCCAGAGCCUGAGUUACACUUAUCCAGCGGAAAUGGUUAGUGAUCCUUGGUGCUGACCAAAAGGAUAGAAGCAAUUGAGAACGAGAUUGGGAAAACGAUAGAAUUAUAUUGUGACGUAAGUUGGACUCUAUGCGCGUGCUAUAAACACACGCGCCUGCGAUAUUUUCGGUCUUCGUUUUCAUUUUGACGCGUUUUCGACCUUCCACUCUAAUACGAUGCGUAUGCGUUUUCGUUUUGAUCCACUUUCAAGAGCGUUUUCAAAUCGAUGCGUUUUCGAUGAAAACGCUCAGCGUAUUAGUGUGGACGGAAGGCGUAAACGCAUCGAAGUGUGUUCAGUUUUCAAACGAAAACGCAUUAGUUUGGACGGGGCCUUAGUCAUCCGUUUUGAAAGAAAAUUGCCCGGCGUGCUAUUUUGCUCAUCAUGCGGCAAUCAAAUUCUUUUACAGGGAACAAGCUUCGUUUUCCUUUUUUUAACGACAAGAGAUCAGGUAAGUAGAACACUCUAACAACAGUAUUUAAGUUUGUAUGCCAAAUUUCAACGGUUCUGUCUUUAGGCAAGUUUUUUGAAUGGUGAUAAUGGAAAUUUGAUUUCUAGCCAUAAACAGCUGUCUACUCAUUUGCGCAAUUUCGGGCUGGAAUAUUUUACAAGCGAGCAUGCCUGCAGGCUAACAGCUGUCCAUCUAUACUAGUGUCACCACCUGGGUGAUGUUUGGGAGGGGUGAUAUGUCACCUCAGUUGUCAAUUGGCAAUAACAUGGAUCAAGAUUAACGCAUUUCUAGGCUCUUACCCCUGGGUAAUUUUUCCAAAUCUUUGUUACUAGCGACUUAGUUCAUGCUCUAACUUGGGAGGUGUUGAUCCUGAAAAAACCCUAUCGAGCCACCUUAAAUUUGCGUUUUGCUACAGUAAGGAGACGUUCGUAGUAAUCGACUCUUGCUUCUGUGUUUUUUUUUUCCACCAUGAAUUAAGUCCAGCGUUAAUUUUCUAAUCUUAAUUUCCAUUACUUGUAUUUUGGCUCCAAACUCUCGGUACACUCCGGACAUUCUUUACACACAGGGAGGAGAAGUUUUUUUUUUCGGUAUGGAAACUGUGAGGAACCCUUAAAGCACUGGACUGGAGGAAAAAAUGGAUUUGCAUUAAUUUACUCCUUGCAAAAAAAGUAAAAAUUGACGCGUAAAUCUGGCUGGCAAAUGCCACAUUUGCAUUCUCCUUACUCCUCAGUUUUGACAAUUUUCAACACCGUCAGAUUUCUUCGCUGAACUCUCUACGUUUAGGGAAAGUAGCAUAAAUAAUGUUUGCAUUUCGAAUUAUUCGUUAGUUCAAAUUGGUUCCUGUUGUCCGGCUACAAUUUUUGUUUCUUUUAGUAUGAAAGUAUUUAAGCCAGUAAAAAUUUGCCUGAAGAACAGAUAUUCUGAGGAACAGAUCCAUUGGGUGCCCCUUAUUCAUUUAAGCUUUUCUAAUUUUUUUUUUUCGCCUUAGAGGGAUGUGUCGACGAGAAGGGCACUACAUUUUGUAAAACAUUCAUCCAGGACGAUGCUGAUAAGAAAGUUUACUGUAGUCUGGACAGCAAUAUCUUCGUUUCGCAGGCAAAUUUCGUCGAAUUCACUCAGUUUGCAUGCAAGGCAACCUGUGGUAAUUGUUAG